AGCACGCCGCGCGCGCACGCGCCGUGUGUCUCUGGCGGUUAGGAGGGGCGGUUGCGCACUUUUCGUUCGUUUCCCGGCUCGGGGUUCGGAGGCCGCAGCGGGAGCCGGAACGGGGCCAUGCACCGACAGAGCUUCCGCCCCCCCACGCCCCCGUACCCGGGCGGGGGGCCCUGGGGCGGCGGGUUUCGGAGCCCUCCCUCCGGCGGGGGCCCUAUGCCGCCCUCCCCGCGGUGCUACGGUAGCCCCCACCACACACCGCCGUACGGCCACCGGCCCUACUCGCCCCGAGGCCACAACUUCCACGGCGGCGGCGGGCGGUUCGGGAGCCCGUCCCCGGGGGGUCAAAGCCCGCGCAGGCCGCAGAGUGCCAGCCCCAGGUACUCGGCUCCCUACGGCAGCAUCCCCCCGGCCGCGGCCCAGCAGCGUCCGCCGCAUCAUCCGCAGCAAUACAAGUCCUCGCCGCGGGGCUCCCAGAGAUACUACCAGGGAUCACCCAGGACAUCUACUCCAUUUGGUACAGCGCAUGGCAGAGGGAAAAGAGUGUCUAAUGAUGUGGAAAACUAUUACAGACCUUCAAUGCUUGAGGACCCAUGGGCUGGCCUAGAGCCAGUUUCUGUUACAGACAUAAACCAACAAUACAGCAGUGAGCAAACAACAUAUACUGGUAAAAAAGGGAGGUAUUUCAGUUAACAUUUCUAAAAGCCAAAUAACUCCAUCUGUCAGGAAAACUUUGGGACAAAAUCUUUAAACCUACACAAAAUGAACAGUAAUCAAGACCCUAGCUAAUGCUUUUAUUUGAACAAAUGUCCACCCUUUUAUCUGACUUCUUUUUACUGCAUUGGAUAUUUUUAUGUAUCGGGGAGGGGAAAGUAGUGGUGGAUAAUAUACAUUUCUGGCUACAUGGAAGUGCCUACCAGCUUUGAAGAACAAAGUGUUCUUUAAUCACCAGCGAUUGAUUUGUGUCUGUUAAAACAGGUUUCCAUUUAUUUACCUCUUCCAUGCCAGAUUGUUACCCUAACUUUUAUUGUUAACUCCUUUAGGAAGUGGUAUUUUUUUAUGUUUCAACGUUUUUAAAAUGAAGUGUGGAAAUACAAAAAACAAAAACCUUUGUAAAUCCUUGGUUUGUAAUGUAAAAAAAUUAUUUUAGGACUUUUUUGUUAAGGUGUACUUGGCAAAGAAGUAAUUAGUUAUAUUCUGUAAAUAUAAUGCUUAUAUUCUGUGGUUAAAUUUUGAUUUUGUGCACAAUUUUUUUGUUAAUUCUAGUGUAAAAUAAGUGAAACAUGAGUUUUAGCCAUCUCAGGAAACCAAUGUAUUGUAUUUGAAAAGUUUAAUUUGUUAAACCAGCUCUUGAAUGAUAAACGUCUGUAAUCAUG